GCUCUCCACCUGCUCUGCUGCCUGGGUUCCGGAACGCUCCGCCCUGGGGCCCAGAACGAGCCAAUCAGGAUGAAGAAGAGCCGCAGCGUGCUGUCGGUGACUGGAGAAGAGGGCAAUGACACAGAUAUAACAGGUGCUGGGGAGAAGGCGGAGUCAUCUCGCUACAGCCGAUCCUAUACGUCCGGUGCCACACUGGGGGCCGAGCUACGCAGAGGGAGGAGCAGAAGACUCUCUUCUAGUCUCCAGGUACCCUGCUGGCUCCGCCCUCGUGACCGCACUCGCUCACCGGAGGUCUUGAGCAACAUGCAGCGUCCCACAACUCUUCCCCUCCGCAUCCCACCGCGCAUCUCCAUCACACAAGCAGACACUGAGAGUUACGAAGCAGAAAAUGGCGUGUCUCCGGGUCACACCCCUCUGGGCUCGCAGAGUCCAGGCCUCACCCUGCAUACCUUCCCCCAGGGCCAGAGAAGAGAGUCCUUCCUCUACCGCUCUGACUCCGACUACGACAUGUCGCCCAAAACCGUCUCACGUAACUCCUCCCUGGCCAGCGAAGGGCACACAGGAGAGGACUUUAUUGUCACACCUUUUGCUCAAGUACUGGCCAGUCUGCGAUCGGUACGGAGUAACUUCACUGUUCUUGCCAACGUCUCCACACCGACAGUCAAGCGGUCUCCUCUGGGUGGAGUGUGUGCGAGUCCCAGGGCGACGCUAUCAGACCAGCAGUAUCAGCAGCUCGCCCUGGACACACUGGAGGAGCUGGACUGGUGCUUAGACCAGCUGGAGACCAUUCAGACACACCGCUCCGUCAGCGAAAUGGCCUCCACCAAGUUUAAGAGGAUGCUGAACAGGGAGCUGUCCCACCUGUCAGAGAUGAGUCGCUCCGGUAACCAGGUGUCUGAAUACAUCUCCAGCACCUUCAUGGAUAAGCAGAACGAAGAAAUCCCGUCUCCUACUCUGAAAGACAAACCGAUGAGUCACAUCAGCGGAGUGAGGAAACUGUCUCACAGCUCCAGCCUCUCAAGCUCCUCAAUGCCUCGCUUCGGUGUCAACACAGACCACGAGGAUGAGCUUGCCAAGGAGUUGGAUGAACUGGACAGGUGGGGUUUUAACAUAUUCAGAUUAGCAGAAUUCUCCAACAACAGACCUCUCAGCUGCAUCAUGUAUACCAUCUUCCAGGAGCGAGACCUGCUGAAAACGUUUCGUAUCCCAGUCGACACCUUUGUCACUUAUGUGAUGACCCUGGAGGACCAUUACCAUGGAAACGUAGCGUACCACAACAGCCUACAUGCUGCAGAUGUCACCCAGUCCACGCACGUUCUCCUCUCCACACCUGCCCUUGAUGCCGUCUUCACUGACCUGGAGAUCCUUGCUGCUCUGUUCGCUGCAGCUAUCCAUGACGUCGACCAUCCCGGAGUUUCCAAUCAGUUCCUCAUUAACACCAACUCAGAGCUGGCCCUGAUGUAUAACGAUGAGUCGGUCCUGGAGAACCACCACCUCGCCGUUGGCUUCAAGCUUCUUCACCAGGAGAACUGCGACAUUUUUCAGAACCUCACCAAGCGGCAGCGCCAGAGCCUUCGCAAGCUCGUCAUCGACAUGGUGUUGGCCACAGACAUGUCCAAACACAUGACGCUGCUGGCCGACCUGAAGACCAUGGUGGAGACCAAGAAGGUGACCAGCUCUGGUGUCCUGCUCCUGGAUCACUAUACAGAACGCAUUCAGGUACUAAGGAACAUGGUGCACUGCGCAGACCUGAGCAACCCCACCAAGCAUUUAUCGAUAUACAGACAGUGGACAGAGAGGAUCAUGGAGGAGUUCUUCCGACAGGGUGACAAGGAGCGAGAGAGAGGCAUGGAGAUCAGCGCCAUGUGUGACAAACACACCGCCUCUGUGGAGAAGAGUCAGGUGGGUUUCAUCGACUACAUCGUCCACCCGCUGUGGGAGACGUGGGCCGACCUGGUGCACCCAGACGCCCAAGAGCUGUUGGACACGCUGGAGGAGAACAGGGAGUGGUACCUGAGCACGAUGCCUCAGUCUCCCUCGCCUCCACCGGACAGACACCUCCAGCACGACCGCUUCCAGUUUGAACUCACCCUGGAAGACCUGGAACACAACAACCACAACCACAUCCACCUGAGGAACAGCGACGGGAGGAACGCUGAAGGCCAGAAAGACGGCUGCGACGACGACGACAGCGAGGACGGAGAGCCGAACCUCGAGGAGCAGAACCACGUCGAAAAUGAGAAAGAAGACGAAGAGAAUCACAACAGCGAACAGAACGGAGUCCAAGAUGAAGAGGAGGAGACGGAGGCUGUAGAGAGGGUGGGAGAAGAGGAGGAUGAAGAGCAUGGAGAGGAGCAGAUAGAAGAGGAAGAUAACCCGGAAGGGCAGACGGAUGAAACGGAAACAGGAGAGGAAAUGAAUGAUGCAGCGGAGGAGGAGGAGGAGACAAAAGGAGAGGAGGAUGAGAGCGAGCAAAAUCAGGAAGGAGAAGGAAAUGAGGAGGAUGAAGCGGAGCAGGAGGAGGAGCAGGAGGAGGAGCAGGAGGAGGAGGGUGAUGAGCAAGAGGAAAAAGAGGAUGAAGAGGCAGGUGAGGAGGCAAUAGAAGGGGGAAUGGAUGGAGAAGAGGAAGGCGAUGGGGAGGAGGAAGGAGAGACUGAGGAGAAUGAAGAGGAGGAGGCAGAAACAGAGGAAAAUGUAGAACAAGAGGAGGAGACAGAGGAGAAAGUAGAGGAGGAAGAGGGAGAAACAGAGGAAAAUGUGAUAGAGGAAGACAAGACAGGAGAAGAAGCAGAAGAGGAGGAGGAGGCGGCAGCUGAAGAUGAAGAUAAGGAGGAGGAAGAAGAGGAGAGUUAGUUAGGGCAUAAAAACUUGACAAGAUCAGAGGAAAUUCAUUUAAAAGAGGAGAUAAGAAUGAAGAGGAGAGGCUGCGACGGUCAAUAACGUCACUGCAGAGGAUGAGGAUGAAGAGGAUG